AUGAACAUUGAUUUUCUUUCAACACCAUCGUACAAGUGUAUCAAAAUCUUUAUUAAUGAUAUUGUAUCUUCAAUACAAAAAGAUAAGCAAAUUGAAAAUAAUAAUAUAAUUAAUAUUUUAGAAAAUAUUUAUAAUAUUAUUCAUAGUGUACCGCUAUCAAAUGAAAAAGGAAGAUAUGCUAAUCCCAAUUCUAAGGAUGUAUUUAAUAAAAUCUUAGAGGUUGAUGUUACUUCCUUUUUUGAUUUCAAUAUAAAUAGUACAUUGGAUAUUAAUAAUCUGUUAGAAUUAAAUAAAUAUUUACAUAGCUCAUUUGGUAACAGUAAAAGAUUAGACUACGGAACAGGACAUGAACUUAAUUUUUUAUGUUUUUGUUAUGUUGCUUAUAAAUCUAAUAUUUUAAGUAUCAAUGAAAUAUACUUAGUAUUCAAACAAUACUGGAGAAUAUCAAAAUAUUUUAUAAAUAAGUUUAAUUUGGAACCUGCCGGGUCUAAAGGAUCUUGGUCGUUGGAUGAUUAUCAAUUAUUACCUUUUGUAUUCGGUGUUGCAGAAAAUGGAGACUUUUUUCAUAAUUUACGUCUAAUUAAUAAAAGUGUAGUGCUUUUACAGUUACGGAAUAUUGAUGACUAUAUUAAAAUGUAUGAUAGAGAAGUAUUAAGAAGACAUGUAGUUACUAAAAGCUUUAUAUACGGAAAAUAUCUAAUACAAUAA